CCGGAGCCCGCUCUUCUUUCAUUGAUCUCCGGAGCGGGGCAGCCCGGGGCCGCCCCGAGCCUUUAAAGGCUCCUCCUCCCCGCAGCGGCCCGGGCAGCGCCGCGGAGGGGAGCCCGGCCCCGCCGCAGCCCCGCCGGUCCGCCCCGAGGGCUGCCCGGGGAGGGAGCGGGGUGCGCACGUCGGGGUGCGGGGGUCCGUGCCCCCCCUACCCCCAGCCCGCCCGGCAGAGAUGAGUCCCCUGCCCGCAGGCAACGGCAGCGCCUGGGGGGCGGCAGCGCUGGGCAGCGGCAGCAAUUGCAGCGGGGCGGCCAGCCUGAGCCGGCAGUGGGCCGUGGGGGCCGCGCUCGGCCUCACCGUGCUGGUCAUCGUGGCCGGCAACUUGCUGGUGAUCGUGGCCAUCGCCAAGACGCCGCGGCUGCAGACCAUGACCAACGUUUUUAUCACCUCGCUGGCUUGCGCCGACCUCAUCAUGGGCUUGCUGGUGGUGCCGCCGGGGGCCACCAUCCUGCUGAGCGGCCACUGGCCCUACGGGACGAUGGUGUGCGAGCUGUGGACCUCGCUGGACGUGCUGUGCGUCACGGCCAGCAUCGAGACGCUGUGCGCCAUCGCCGUGGAUCGCUACCUCGCCAUCACGUCGCCGCUGCAGUACGAGGCGCUGGUGACCAAGGGCAGGGCGCGGGCCGUGGUGUGCAUGGUGUGGGCCAUCUCUGCCUUCAUCUCCUUCCUCCCCAUCAUGAACCACUGGUGGCGGGACGGGGCGGACGAGCAGGCAGUGCGCUGCUACGACGACCCGCGCUGCUGUGACUUUGUCACCAACAUGACCUAUGCCAUCAUCUCCUCCACCAUCUCCUUCUACGUGCCCCUGCUUGUCAUGAUCUUCGUCUACGUCCGUGUCUUCGCUGUGGCUACGCGGCACGUCCAGAUCAUCGGCAAGGACAAGGUGAGGUUCCUGCAGGAGCCCCCCAGCCCCAGCUCCAGGAGCGGCCGGCGGAGACGGCCCUCCCGUCUGCUGGCCAUCAAGGAGCACAAGGCUCUCAAGACCCUGGGCAUCAUCAUGGGCACCUUCACGCUCUGCUGGCUGCCCUUCUUCGUGGCCAACAUCAUCAAGGUCUUCUGCCGGCCGCUGGUGCCGGAUCAGCUCUUCCUCUUCCUCAACUGGCUGGGCUACGUCAACUCAGCCUUCAACCCCAUCAUCUACUGCCGCAGCCCCGACUUCAGGAGCGCCUUCCGCAAGCUGCUGUGCUGCCCGCGCCGCGCCGACCGCCGGCUCCACGCCGUCUCGCAGGACCUGCAGCGCUGCCCCUGUGCCUUCAGCCCCCGGGGGGGACCCUCGGAGGACAGCAAGGCAGCGGCCCCCGGACACCCUGGGGAGGACGGCGAGGCUCAGGGCAGCGGCAGCAGCAGCUGCUGCAGCAGCCGGACGGAGGAGACCACCCUGUCCCAGGGCAGCGGCCACCGGCAGCGGCCCCUGAGCGAGUCCCGGCCGCAGGGCACCCAGACCACGCUGUGCUCGCAGCUUGACGAGAGCUGGUUCCUGCUGCCGGUGUUGGAUCUGCUCCGGAGGAUGAGCAGCUCUUCUCCCUUCUCCAGGUCGCUGUCGGCGGAGAGGCCGGUUACUGCCCUGUGGGGCUGCCAGCUGAACACGGGCACCCGGAGCUGCGUGGUGAAGGAGGACGAUGACUUCUUGGAGCACCUGCUCAUGCUGAGAACGAUCUGCCUGGGGGCUGAGGCCAGGGACGAGCUGCACGUGGUGGCCGUGGAUUCAAAAAACACCUACGGAGACCACAAGCCGGUGCCCAUUGCGGCGCUGCGGACCUCAGUGCUCCCCAUGAUCAGCCUCAAAGGUCUGGAGCUGGUCCCUCCCGUCACCUUCGUGCUCCAGUGUGGAGCUGGACCGGUCUAUCUGAGCGGGCAGCACGUCACCCUGGAAGAUGAUGCUAAGUCUGAAGCCCACGAGGAAGAGCUCUCAGAGGAAAAUGUAGGCGAUGAGGAUGAUGUCAGAGCACCAUAGAAUAGCUGCAGCUCGGAGAAGACUUUGAAGUUCUGGGAGUGGAGCUGGCGUGAUGGUGGGGAUGCCCCGUGCCAGGAGCUGCAAGUGCCUCAUGCCAAAUGGGAUGGAUCCUUGCAGGGGGACACAGACUGUCUGGGCUGUGGAUAUCAUCCCUUGUCUCCUCUCUCUGCCCCCUCCAUUCCUACCUUGCUCCCAGAAAUGUUCUUUUUUCCUCUUUUAUUGCAAUAACAACGGGAAAGUGCAAAUACCCUGGAGUUAGUCUGGACUGUGCUCUGGUGCUGCCAUGCCAGCCUGCUCUUGCCUGCUGUCCUGUCCCUCCCUCCCUGCCUGCUGCCUCCGGUGCCCCCUGCCUCCUCUCAGGAAAACGCGUUCCAUGGGUGCAAUCGCAGCGAUGCUGUGGGUCACGUAGCAAACCCAUGGGGCUGGGGGUCCCUGCCUGCUGCCCUGCCUGCUGCCCUGCCUGCUGCCCUGCCUGCUGCCCUGCCUGCUGCCCUGGCAGGGGGCUCAGGGGC